GAUUCUAUUGUUACUCGAGAUGUGGAGGAGGGUUUCUUGGUUCGAAUCCUGUGUAACGUCUCAACGAAUGGUCUACAAAAUGGCACCGGUCCGCUGCGUUACGAAUGGCGUAAUCCCAAUGGCACACUGGUGGGAACUCAGUGGAAACUGGAGUUGGGAAAAAUUCAAGUACAAGAAUCAGGAAUGUAUGUUUGCCGAGUUUCGUACGAGUAUGACAAUAAACAAAUGUCCACCAGCUCUGCAACUCGGAUCAAUGUCCUGAAACGUGCCGGUGUCAUUUUCCCUGGUCUGACGGGGCACGUGAUUGAGGCUGUGGAAACGGGAGACAUUCUACAAGAGUGUCAAGUGGUUAGUUCGAAGCCGAGUGAAUACAACUAUCAGUGGUUUGGUCCAAACGACAAUCGAAAGUUGGUAUCGAACACCGCCUACCUCCAACGAGAUUACGUAAUUCGCCCUCGGGAUGAAGGUGUCUACGUCUGCCAGGCAACACCAACCGAGUCUGGUCGAGCUGUCGUCGAGAACAGUCUGAUCGUCACAAUAAGUCCCCUACGUUUCCAAAUCAACACAAUCGCUGAAGAUCUAAAGAUUGGCGGGUUUGUUCGUAAACGUAUCGAACUGCUCCCCAACGCGAAUCAGGCCUUGUCCACGCGAGAGACAUUUGUCUAUCAGUGGUACAAACCGGACGGCACUGCGGUUGCUCAAGGACCGGAGAUGCAUGUCCAAUUUUGGUCAGCGGACGAUUUUGGACGAUACACCGUUCAGGUCAAAGGAUUGAACUCCGGAUACUCACGAGAAUUAAUCAGCUACGUUGUCAUGGACGAUGGAAUUGUAGCCCCUACUUACACCGUGGUCAUCCGAGAAGUUUCAGGACCUUUGUAUUUCAAUUCAAGACUUGAACUGGAAUGCGCAACCAAUCCGCCCAAUCCCGCGGCUAGAAUAAACUGGCUUGGUCCCGACGGCACAGUGGUUUCGGACUCCAGCCGCCUGAUAUUUGAUAAAUUCCUCUACCAACAUCAAGGUCGCUACACCUGCCAAAUUUUGCUACCCAACCAGGUUAUACUUCGUCAGAGUGUGGAACUGACUGCUUCGGGAAAAGUUACUGACAGCCCGGAAGUGAACGGACGCUAUUCCAUUUCGAUCAUCCAAGACCCAUUGAUAUUUCGUUAUGGAGACGCAGUGAGAGUUCGCUGUGUGGUGACACCUGAACCCCCGUUUGCUCAAUUCGAAUGGAUGAAAGAUGGUCAAAUCAUUGGACGUCAAAGUGAACUUUUCAUACCAGAUUUCACGCCAUACGAUGUGGGACGUUAUCUUUGUAAGGCACAAAUUGCAGGCACGGAUAUCUCUUCGAAUGCUACAAUAAGACCAGAUCUCCAGCCAACGCGCCCAGACGAUGUUAUGGACCGUCCUGAAGUGAUUCACAGCCCUGUGUUCGUUCCGUUUCAAAUCGAGUGUCAAUCGCCGCUUCCUGGAACUUCACCGGUCGCUGAAUUUGCUCCCGGUGUACAUGUUGAGUCGGACAAUCGUUUUCAAGUCAUUCAACCGGAUUCCACGAGACUCAUUAUCACUGCUCCACAGGGUCUAUCCGACGUGUAUAAUGGAUAUCGUAUAAUGUGCCGCGUACCAGGUGUUUCGACCAAAUACAUCACGAUCUACUUGACUCACUCAUGUGGACCCGCUCAGUCGCAGUGUCGGUCAGGUGAAUGUAUUCCCACUGAACGUGUGUGCAACGGUGUACCUGACUGUACGGACAACUCGGAUGAGGGACCCGAGUUUUGCAAUGCUGGAGUGGUAGUCUUCCCAACAAAUAUCGUUGUGCGCCCAAUGGAACCCUUUUCAAUUCACUGUCGAUCGACUUUACCGGGUUUGGCGCCCAAAUUUGAUGCUCAUAGUAAACCAGAUCCGGUUCUGAUUGGACGUCUCAAAUUCUAUCGACCCAACAGCACCACGCUGACGAUCAAUGCCUUCCGAGGUCUUCCUGAAAGUCUGAAUGGAUCACAAAUAAGAUGUUUUGCAAUCGACGGGGCAUUCCGUGCCGCAAGAAUUGUCCUCCGAAGCGGCGCAUGCUCUGAUGGCUGGCUUCCAUGUCCAUUUUCUGAAGUAUGUUUGCAACCAGGAAAUGUGUGCAACGGUAGUCCCGACUGUCCGGACGGUGCUGAUGAACGUGGAUGUGAAGAUUCGUGGUGUGGAUGGCCAGAUUUCACUUGUAAUAAAAACGAAUGCAUUUCACCAGCCUUACGGUGUGAUGGACGCGAACACUGUUCAAACGGUUCAGAUGAAAGGGGUUGCCCAAGCACAGACUGUGGUCCUCCAAACAUACGAUGCCCCAGUGGGGAGUGCAUUCCACAGGAGAAGAAAUGUGACGGUGUGCCCGAUUGCAAAGAUGGAUUUGAUGAGUGGGGAUGCGAACCAAGACCGACGGGCUGUCGACCUGAUCAGUUUACCUGUCAGUCAGGCGACUGUAUUGGAAUGAACCGACGUUGUGACGGCCGCCAAGAUUGCUUCGACGGGUCGGAUGAAAAGAAUUGUUAAUACUCACCUGGUGAUCAGUUUUCCUCUGAACAACUGAACAUUUUGCGUUCAAUGUUACCUCAUGCAGAUUCGACAAGUGAAACUCACCGCAAAGAAUAUAUCCGCCCAUACACCACCUAUCGUUUGGAAUGUCGUUCGGGUGUACCGGGAGUUGCCCCGUCCAUACUGUUAGCAAAUGGAACUUCAGUUGAACAGCUCCCAAGAUUCCAAACCAGUCGACCAUCCCUGGAGCACAUGGUUGUCGUAAUCGCAGAUCUGACCGAACGUGAAAAUGGACUGCUUCUCAGCUGUACUUCAGGAACUUCGAUUCCCAUCGUUACCGAGAUUGCCAUCACAUCCCCUUGUCCACCGACGGACAUGAUGUGCCGCGAUGGAUCCUGCGUUCGACGUGAAAGGUUCUGCGACGGACGAAUGGACUGCUUGGAUGGAUCAGACGAGCGCCCACCCCACUGCCAUUCGACAAGUGAAACUCGCCGCAAAGAAUAUAUCCGCCCAUACACCACCUAUCGCUUGGAAUGCCGUUCGGGUGUGCCCGGACUUUCCCCGACCAUUUUACUAGCAAAUGGAACCUCAGUUGAACAGCUCCCAAGAUUUCAAAUCAGUCGACCAUCAGCGGAGCAUUUAGUUGUCGUAAUCGCAGAUCUGACCGAACGUGAAAAUGGACUGCUUCUCAGUUGUACCGCAGGUUCGUCUAUUCCCAGCGUUACUGAGAUUGUCAUUACAUCGCCUUGUCCCCCGACGGAUAUGAUGUGUCGUGAUGGUUCCUGCGUUCGACGUGAAAGGUUCUGUGACGGUCGAAUGGACUGCCGAGAUGGAUCCGACGAACGUCCACCCCACUGUCCUGGCAUUGGAGGAUGUCCUUCAAAUCAGUUUGCUUGCACGUCAGGAGAGUGUGUUGGAAGUGAGAAACGGUGUGAUGGCCGUCAAGACUGUUACGAUGGAUCGGACGAACAAGGAUGUGAGAUGCCCCCGCUGGUCAAUCCAGAAAAGUCCAUCGUCAGACCCUACGGUUCAGUGGAAAUCGAAUGUCGCUCCAGGAUUUCCGGAGUUCGUCCAUCACUCAGGGUCGAAAAUGGUACGCCUGUGGAAACGCUCCCCAGAUUCCAAGUGACGAGGCCAAAUUUGGAAACAAUACUCGUCCGGAUAGGGAAUCUGACAGAAAAAGACCAUCGUAUACGACUGACCUGUUACUGUACGACCGGCCAACCAAGUAGCACCGAAAUCUUCAUUGAUUCCCCAUGUCAUCCAUCCGAAAUGAUGUGUCGGGAUGGAACAUGUAUCCCCCGAGAGCUUUUCUGCAACGGACGUCUGGAGUGUCCAGAUGGUUCUGAUGAGAGGCCGCCACACUGCACAUCCGCAGCACGUUGCACUACAGGUCAGUUUGCUUGCGCUUCCGGGGAGUGUAUCGACAUCAGAAUGCGAUGCAAUGGUCGUCCGGAGUGUGCAGAUGGCUCUGAUGAGCGCGGAUGUGGUCCGUCCCGCUGCAUGAUCAACCAGUUUCCUUGUGCUUCCGGAGAAUGCAUCGAUGCACGAUUGCAGUGUAAUGGUCAAAAAGACUGUUAUGAUGAGUCCGAUGAAUACGGAUGCAAUGCUGGACCUAUACUCCGACCAAGAAGACCAGUGGUACGCCCCUACGGAUCGGUUGAGAUCGAAUGCCGUUCAACCAAACCAGGUGUACCUCCUAUUGUCACUCUGGGGAAUGGAACCGACGUUGCCCAAAUUCCGCGUUUUACCGUCAGCAAGCCUAACUAUGAGACAGUUCUGGUUCGAAUUUCCGACCUCACCGAACGCGACCGUGGUUUAGUAAUUAGAUGUUCCUAUCCUACCGGUGAAAUGAACCUCACUGAAAUUCUGAUCGACUCUCCGUGCGCACCGAUGGAAACGAUGUGUCGAGAUGGGACUUGCAUUCGAAACGAGUACGUAUGCAAUGGACGCGCCGACUGUCCAGAUGGAUCGGAUGAAAGGGCGCCACACUGUGAGGUUCCCCAUUGUUCACCAGUUCAAUUUGCUUGCAUGUCUGGCGAAUGUAUUCCGGAACGCCUCAAGUGCAAUGGCCGAGAGGACUGCUACGACGGAUCAGACGAAGCCGACUGCCCUACGCGGUGUCGCCCUGAUCAGUUCAUGUGCUAUUCCGGAGAGUGUAUCGCCAGCAGGCAACGAUGCAACGGUUUUCGGGACUGUCGAGAUGGUUCGGAUGAAACCGGAUGUGUCCUGCCACCUGUUGUUCGGCCUGGGAAAAUCGUUAUACCACCGUACGGCCAAGUCGAACUCCAGUGCACAUCAAACCAAGUUGGAGUGCGACCGAUUUUACGCGUGCGCAAUGGAACGUCCGUGGAGACUUUACCCCAUUUCACAGUGGUCCGGCCAAAUGUGGAAACGAUAAUAGCGAGAACAUCUUCACUGACGGAGCGUGAUGGAAGGCUGGUCGUGCAAUGUGUGUACCCAACAGGCGAAUCAACUGAAACGGAAAUCGUUAUUGAUUCACCCUGUUUGCCAACGGAGAUGAUGUGCCGAAAUCGAGAUUGCAUUCGACGUGAAUUGUUCUGCAAUGGGCGGCGUGACUGUACCGACGGUUCCGAUGAAGGUCCACCACACUGCGACAAAUCCUCCAGCAGCUCAAGAACAAACUGUGCUGUAAGCCGUAUCAGUCGCCUGAUGCUGGUCCGUUUCCUAUUCACUUCUUUCCUAGUUCAAGGCCCAACCAUCAAUCCACAGCAACCCACUGUUCAACCAUACGGGAGCGUGGAGAUCAAGUGUGAAUCCCAUCAAUUUGGAAUAAGGCCGGAAUUACGUGUGGCUAAUGGUACAUCGGUCGAACAGCUUCCUCGAUUCCGAGUGACCAGACCAAACCUACAGGUUGUCAUCGCUCGACUCGGUGAUGUAACUGAAGCGGAUCGCGGACUCCUUAUACGUUGCAUGUACCGCACGGGUGAGUCGACCCAAGUGGAAAUCACAGUUGAAACACCAUGUGGUCCUGGGGAAGCGAUGUGUCGAAACGGUCAGUGUCUACCGCCUGAAAAGUUCUGUGAUGGAAGAGUUGAUUGUCAUGAUGGGUCGGAUGAGAGCCCACCGCGAUGUUCUGUACGAUGCGGUGCGGGAAAGUUCACUUGUGGUUCAGGCGAGUGUGUGAGUGCGACUCUCAUAUGCAACCGCCGUCGAGAUUGUUCCGACGGGUCGGACGAAGAAGGAUGCCUUAUGGGUCCAACAGGUCCCUGUCUUCAAAACCAGUUCCAGUGUGUAAGAACCGGUCAGUGCAUUGACGCUCGAAAGCGUUGCGACGGUCAUCCUGAUUGCAUAGACUUCUCCGACGAAAAAGAUUGCGCGGAACGUCCAUGCGGUCCCAAUGAGUUCCGAUGUACCGUGUCUGGUCAGUGUAUUGACUCUCGAAAGCGCUGUGAUGGUCGACCGGAUUGUUCAGACAGGACCGAUGAGUACGGUUGCCAGUUGAGACCAUGUGGUCCGCACGAGUUCCGUUGUGUGCAAACUGGUCAGUGCAUCGACUCUCGGAAACGUUGUGACGGUCGACCAGAUUGUCCCGAUCGAUCCGACGAGUUUGACUGUGAGCCACGCUGUCGUCCCGGUCAGUUCGCCUGUUCGUCGGGCGAGUGCUUGGAUGCGCGACUCGUGUGCAAUGGUCGUGCGGAUUGCUCGGAUGGAUCGGAUGAGAGGAACUGCGUCCCAGAGGUGAGACUAUGUGGUCCGCACGAGUUCCGUUGUGUGCAAACUGGUCAGUGCAUCGACUCUCGAAAACGUUGUGACGGUCGACCAGAUUGUCCUGAUCGGUCCGACGAGUUUGACUGUGAGCCACGCUGUCGUCCCGGUCAGUUCGCCUGUUCGUCGGGCGAGUGCUUGGAUGCGCGACUCGUGUGCAAUGGUCGUGCGGAUUGCUCGGAUGGAUCGGAUGAGAGGAACUGCGUCCCAGAGUUGAGACUAUGUGGUCCGCACGAGUUCCGUUGUGUGCAAACUGGUCAGUGCAUCGACUCUCGAAAACGUUGUGACGGUCGACCAGAUUGUCCUGAUCGGUCCGACGAGUUUGACUGUGCAUAUGGUCCCAUACUCAUUCCUGAACGACCUAUUGUUCGACCUUAUGAGAGUAUUCAACUCGAAUGUCGGUCGACCCGCCCUGGAGUUAGUGUUCGAAUGACACUGGCGAACGGGACAGACGUAGAGCUGUUACCACGAUUCACGGUUAGGAAGCCAAGUCCCGAUGUUAUUUUAGCCACACUGACUGCGGUGACUGAAAAGGAUCGAAAUCUGACAAUCAGAUGCAUAUUUCCUGGCGUCGGUAACCGUUCGGCCUUCGUCAGUGUCCACAGUCCUUGUCCUCGAGGCCAGUACCAGUGCUUGAGUGGUCAGUGUUUGGAGGCAAGCAAAUUUUGCGAUGGCAUACCACAUUGUGCUGACGGCUCUGAUGAAACUGAACGAUACUGUGUCGCAACCGUCUUAAUUAUCCCUGGCUACAUUGUCACACAACCCUACGAAGUGUUCCACUUUGAGUGCAUUUCCAAAAUCCAAGGAUCAGUACCACAAGUACUACUUAGCGGGCAACCAGUUGAUGGGGAUCCACGGUUCAUAGUGAUCCGGCCAAGUCCAGAGCGUGUCAUUGUCCGUGCACCAAACGGCGUGCCAGACCAAGGAGGACACGUUUUCACGUGUGUUGCGAAAGAGGGCCCAUCUCGAGAGAUUAUCGUACGCGUUGAGUCUCCGUGUCCCGAAGGACAAUUCAGCUGUCCAAAUGGGCAAUGCAUCCCUACGACUGCGAUUUGCGAUGGCAGAAUAGACUGUCCAGACGGUUCGGAUGAAGAACGUGCUUAUUGCGCUGUAGAUCUGCGCGUCAUUCCGAGCUAUAUCUACGUGGAACCUUAUCGUCCUAUUGAAUUUGUUUGCGAGACCAACUUGCCAAGUAUCCAACCCAUGGUUCGAUUUGCUGACGGUCGUACAAUCGAGUCAGACUCGAGAUUUUUCGUCACUCGGCCAACACCACAGCGUAUUGUAGUCCGAGCGGACGCGGGCUUAAGCGGACGAGAGAACAAGACCAGGAUCGAAUGUUACACCACGACUGGUUUACGUCGUGAAGUACUCAUACACGUUCACAGUAACUGUUCCUCGAACGAGUAUCGCUGUCGAGAUGGAACAUGCAGACCUAGGGACGAUUUCUGCAACGGCAGACCAGACUGCCCAGAUGGGUCGGACGAAGACCCACGGUUCUGCAUCCCUUCUGGGGUUAGAGUCACACCAGACGUCAUCAACGUGAGGCCUUACGAACAGUUCACUUACGAAUGCACCUCAACUAUGCCCGGACUGGCUCCACAAAUCACAUUCGACGGUAUCCCUGUCGAACGCCAUCCACAGUUCACCGUUGAUCGACCCUCUCGAGAACGGGUCAUUGUUCGCGCCAUAAACGGACUGCCCUCAGUAGGUGUGCACACGAUAAGAUGUUCUGUUGCCCCUGGUCCAUCUAAAGACGUACAAGUCAUCGUUCGGAGCGACUGUGGACCAGGUGAAUUCAGGUGCAAAGACGGUGAGUGUAUACCACGUGGGUACUUAUGCAAUGGACGUCGAGACUGUGCCGAUGGCUCGGAUGAAUCUCGUGAGCAAUGCGGUGACCUUCCACAACCCGAAGGUGGCGUUCAGCUGACACCCACAGAGAUCCGAAUCCAGCCAGGACGUCGUGUACGUCUGGAAUGCCGUACCGAUCGACCGGGGCCAGAUCUGCAAGUUCGCUUUGAAGACGGACGUCCAGUUGAAUCUGAUCGACGAUUCGUUCUUUCUCGUCCAUAUCCUGGUUACGUGAUCAUUGAAGUACCCGGAGGAUUUGAUGCAUCCACGCGCCGCGUGGUGUUAGAAUGUAUCGGACCAACUGGGGACAAGAAAACAUCUGUUAUCUAUAUUGACACAAGUUGCCAACCCGGUCAGAGACGAUGUCCCGGUGGGGACUGCAUUUUUGUCGGACAAUUCUGUGACGGCAUACCGCAUUGUCCGGACGGGUAUGACGAGAGGCCAGAAAAUUGUGCUGAUAAUAAUAAUACGGACGACAAUGACGGUCAUGAUGAUGAUGAUGAUGAUACUGAUGACGAUGAUGAUGAUGAUGAUGCUGAUGACGAUGAUGAUGAUGCUGAUGACGACGACGAUGAUGAUGAUGAUGAUGAUGAUGAUGACGACGACGACGAUGAUGAUGAUGAUGAUGAUGAUGAUGUUGAUGAUGAUGGCGACGAUGACGAUGCUGAUGCUGCCUUGUGCGACCCUAUCACCAAGCCAUGUGAAGUAGUUGAUGGAAAGGAACCGUCUACCAGUCACUAUCAGCUGCAUUGGAGCUGUGAUGGUGAGGACGACUGCGGCAAUCGAUUUGAUGAGCUGGGCUGUCGAAAUAAUACACGAUCUCUGGAUCCUCGGUGCAACUCCACUCACUUCCGCUGUACUUCUGGAAACUUCCAGUACAUACCUUAUUCAUAUUGGUGUGAUGGGACUCUGGAUUGCGCCGGUGGUGAGGACGAACGCGACUGUGCGCGACCAGCCAUCAUAGAUCAAGGCCGCGUGGAGGAGCACCGAGUUCGUCCUGGAUCCACCUUGGUUUUAGAGUGCGAAGCUUCCGGAGUACCACCUCCCAUGAUUAUUUGGCGUUUCAACUGGGGUUGUUUGCCCGACUUGGACAGAAUGCGUACAGAAGUAGUUCCUAGCAGUCGUGGAUGUCGCGGUUCUCGAAGUCGCCUCACGAUUCACAAUGUGCGUAGCGGAGACGAUGGAAUCUACAAUUGCGAGGCGUUGGUAGCGGGUCAUCGGGCAAUGUCACAAGAUUAUCUGGUACUACUGAAUGGUUUCUAGGUGUGGAAACCGCUCGUCUAGUUUUAUUAGAAUUUCUUUCACCGGUUGAAAUUUUUGAUAUUCUCACUUGGGUGUAUACAUACAGUUGUCAUCGAUGCGUCAUCGACGUGACCGCCAAAACAUAAGACUUCUAGCGCUCCUUUCCAUUGACAAUGUUUUGACGCGAUCUAUCUGCUUAGUAAUCUUUGAUUGUCAAUACACUGCUAGUUGUUGUUGUGUUUCCGACGAUACUGGUCAGCUUGUUCACUUCCUUCUUCCGUUUCUCCCCAAUCAUUUUCUUGGACUGGUUUUUUGUGUGAUAUUUCUCGACCACAUCUGAUCCGCUUCACUAGGUAUUCUGUUGAUUUAUAUGGUUUUCGAAAACUAUUUAAAAUGUGAAAUGUGUGUGCUACCUGUUAACGGAAUGAUCCACAUCCAAACUGGUCCCAUUUUCUUCAUGUACAUCUGCCUACUUAUGAGUAGUAUUUGAUGAAAUAUGUUGAUUAGUGUGAUUCCACCAAAAAUUCAACCCUUAACAGUGCGUCAAAAUAUGAGUGUUGAGCGUCA